AUGGACGGCGACAAAUGCACUAAGGCAGUGGCGGCCGAACACGAGAGUCUAAAACGAUUCGCUUUCGUCGGAGUCGCUGUCUCUACAAUCGCUACUUUGACCGCGAUCAUUGCUGUCCCUAUGCUCUGUAUGCAUAUGCACACAAUCCAGUCUGGCAUUCAGGAAGAGCUCUCCUAUUGUCGAACGAGAAACGCUAGAAUGCGCGGCGAGUAUUCUAAGGUUUGUUUCUUAUGUCUUUUAUCGUUCAUGAUGAUCACAAGUUCAUGUUCACAGCGCUGUAUGAAAUUCGCUUUGAUUUGGACUGAUUGGUUAAUACGUGUGAUUUACAUUGUGUUUCCCAUUUCGUGA